AUGCCCUUUUGCCUUGCAGGGCUCCUUUGUCUAACAGAUGGCAUAUUAAAGGACAUUGUGGAGCAGACCACUAAUGCUUUUUUUUUUUCUCCCCUUGCUUUGUUUUUUAGAAACCAAGUGCUGGAAAUGUUUGACCACGCAUAUAGCAAUUAUAUGGAUCAUGCCUAUCCAGCUGAUGAACUCAUGCCUUUAACUUGUCGUGGACGGGUGCGGGGUCAGGAGCCAAGUCGUGGGGACGUGGAUGAUGCCCUGGGAAAGUUCUCCUUGACCUUGAUUGAUACCUUGGACACUCUUGUGGUGUUAAAUAAAACCAAAGAGUUUGAAGAGGCUGUAAAAAAAGUAAUAAAAGAUGUUAAUUUAGAUAACGACAUAGUUGUAUCUGUCUUUGAAACCAACAUAAGAGUCCUUGGUGGUCUCCUUGGUGGGCAUUCAGUGGCAAUUAUGCUGAAAGACAAAGGUGAAUACAUGCAGUGGUACAAUGGCGAACUUCUGCACAUGGCGAAGGAGCUGGGCUACAAGCUUUUACCUGCCUUUAACACCACUAGUGGUCUCCCUUACCCAAGAGUUAAUUUAAAGUUUGGUGUGAGACAUCCAGAAGCACGAACAGGAACAGAGACUGAUACCUGCACAGCUUGUGCAGGUACCUUGAUCCUUGAGUUUGCAGCUUUAAGCCGAUUCACAGGAACAUCUAUAUUUGAGGAAUAUGCACGGAAAGCUCUUGACUUCAUUUGGGAAAAGAGGCAGCGCAGCAGCAAUUUGGUGGGUGUUACAAUUAAUAUUCACACAGGAGACUGGGUCCGCAAAGAUAGUGGAGUUGGAGCAGGAAUAGAUUCAUAUUAUGAAUAUUUAUUAAAAGCCUACGUCUUGUUGGGAGAUGACAGUUUCCUGGAAAGAUUUAACACGCACUAUGAUGCCAUAAUGAAAUACAUUAGCCAACCACCUCUCCUUCUUGAUGUCCAUAUUCAUAAGCCAAUGCUAAAUGCUAGGACCUGGAUGGACUCUUUGCUGGCUUUCUUCCCAGGAUUGCAGGUAUUGAAGGGUGAUAUUAGACCUGCUAUUGAAACUCACGAGAUGCUGUAUCAAGUUAUAAAGAAGCAUAACUUUCUUCCUGAGGCUUUCACAACAGACUUCAGAGUUCACUGGGCUCAGCAUCCUUUAAGGCCUGAAUUUGCUGAGAGCACUUACUUCCUGUAUAAGGCUACAGGGGAUCCUUACUAUCUAGAAGUAGGAAAAACACUCAUUGAAAACCUAAACAAGUACGCAAGAGUGCCUUGUGGGUUUGCUGCAAUGAAGGACGUUCGUACAGGAAGCCAUGAAGACAGAAUGGACUCUUUCUUUCUGGCUGAGAUGUUUAAAUAUCUUUACCUGCUGUUUGCUGAUAAGGAAGACAUGAUAUUUGACAUAGAAGAUUAUAUAUUCACUACAGAAGCUCAUCUAUUACCACUCUGGCUUUCCACCACAAACCAAACCAUCUCUAAAAAGAAUACAACUACAGAAUACACAGAGCUGGAUGACAGCAACUUUGACUGGACCUGUCCGAACACUCAGAUCCUCUUCCCAAAUGACCCAAUGUUUGCUCAGAGUAUUCGUGAGCCUUUGAAAAAUGUGGUGGAUAAGAGCUGUCCUAGGAGUAUUUCAAGAGCGGAAGAGAGCUUGGGAAGUGGACCAAAGCCACCACUGAGAGCCAGAGACUUCAUGGCCAGUAAUCCUGAGCAUUUGGAGAUACUGAAGAAGAUGGGAGUCAGUUUGAUUCAUCUUAAAGAUGGAAGAGUGCAAUUAGUGCAGCAUGCAGUGCAAGCAGCAAGUUCACUUGAUGCUGAAGAUGGCUUACGGUUCAUGCAGGAAAUGAUUGAACUCUCCAGUCAGCAGCAGAAAGAGCAGCAGCUACCUCCUCGUGCUGUUCAGAUAGUUUCCCACCCAUUUUUCGGUAGGGUGGUCUUGACUGCUGGACCAGCACAAUUUGGGAUGGAUUUAUCUAAACACAAAUCAGGGACAAGAGGAUUUGUUGCAACCAUUAAGCCGUAUAAUGGAUGCUCAGAGAUCACUAAUCCUGAGGCAGUGAAAGAGAAAAUUGCCCUGAUGCAAAGAGGCCAGUGUAUGUUUGCUGAAAAGGCACGAAACAUUCAAAAAGCUGGAGCAAUAGGAGGCAUUGUUAUUGAUGACAACGAGGGAAGCAGCAGUGACACAGCUCCUCUCUUCCAAAUGGCCGGUGAUGGAAAGAAUACAGAUGAUAUCACAAUCCCCAUGCUCUUCCUCUUCAACAAGGAAGGAAAUAUUAUACUGGAUGCAAUCAGGGAGUAUGAGGCUGUGGAGGUGCUCCUUUCUGACAAAGCAAAAGAUAGAGACUUGGAAAUGGAGAAUAUGGACCAGAAAUUAUCUGAAAAUGAUUCACACAAACAAAAUUCAGAAGAAGCUUCUUCAGCAUCUCAGGAUGUUGGCACAGUCAGCGAGGAGCCUGAAGAAGGGGAAAGCUCUGACAUUUCUGACCCUGAUUCCUUAUCUCCUGCUCAGGCAGACAGUGACAGCAUUUCCACUUCAGAUCAGGAUUCCUCCAUCCCUGGACCUGGUGAGGCUGAUGCUUCAGAGCCAGCAUGCACACAAGGGGAUGAGCAGCCUCAGGAACAGCAGACUGAGACAGAGUCAGACUCCAAAGUUAACUGGGACAAUAGAGUUCAACCUAUGGAAUCCAUAUUAGCAGACUGGAAUGAAGAUAUAGAAGCAUUUGAAAUGAUGGAAAAGGAUGAACUAUGACUUGUAGUAAUAACUUAUUUGCUAGUAAACAAAUGGAGAACUCUUUGGGUAGAAGUGAGGCCUGAUAACUGAGAACUAGAAAACAUAUUCAGUAUUGUGAUGAGCAACCAGGUUUCACCUGGAAAUUAUCAUAGAAAUCCAGCACGCGCUCUUUGUUUUAAUUUUUCCUGUUUAAAAGUGGGAAUGUGCAAUUGAAGCAUUCGUGUGGCCCCACUGCGCGGUGCUGUAUCCCAGGAGGUUUGCUCAGGGAAAGAGCCGACUUCUGCCUGCCAGGUGCCCAGAAGUGAUGCUGCCUCGGCCUCUGGGAGGCACAAGUUGAGCACGUGGGGCUGCCAGCACCAUUCAGCAGCCACCAGCAGGAGCACCUGGAGGCAGCAGGAUGGCUGCUGCCCUGCUGGGAGCGGAAUUGUGCCUGGUUUCCCUGACCCCCCCUUGCUCUGAAGGCCUUCCUUGCUAGCAGCAGGUGAAGCGAUGUCUCCAGUUGCUGCAUCUGUAAGACACAGGUAGAAGCAGUUUGGUUUUGUUCUGGCAUAUUGCACCGAGACACAGUGGCAUUGCUCAUUGCUCCUUCCAUCUCUGCGUGAAGAAUGACCGAGGUGGCCUGUGAGCUUUUUCUCCUGCUUAAAUUCCAGCUGGUGAAGCUGCACAAACCAAAGGCAGUGUGCUUUGUAAGCAGGUGCUGUCAGGGAACGAGGAUGGCCUGGUUCCUUUGGGGCUUCCAAGUUAAGAUUGAGGGUGUGCUAUGAAAGUUGCAUGUGAGUUGAAGGUAAAGAGAUUGGGGCAAACGUUGAGCCCUGCAGGUUGGAAAACCCAACCUACCCGAGGCACAGUUUCACCUGGCAGUAUUCCCUGAAUGCACACUAAGCAGAAUUAGAUCCGUUGUAACAAAAAUCUUCCUUUUUCCCAAGUUUUACUUUUAACAGCAACUUCUGUAGCAUGAUGCUUCGGGCAGUGAGGCCAGUGCAGUGCAGCAGUGGGGGCUGUCGGGCAGUGAGGAUGGCUGCUGUGCUGCUCUGGGCUUUGGGAGCAUGUCCCAGGUGAGUCCUGGUUGUUAUCCCCCUUACCGCAAUGAAAGCGGGGUUAUUGAGACAACCGAGAUGUCCUGUGUCCAAAGAAACUGCCAAAAGGUCAUUCAGCUGAUUUAUAUAAACUGCUUUUAGAGAGUCGUGGCUCAAAGAAUUGUUUUAUAUUAGAAAAUAAAUGAACACUGCCUGUACGCUGCGCCAGACUAGAAAUGAAGGUUUGUAUUGGUCCUUACGAUAUUUUAAAGAAAAAAAAGUCCCAGUCUGAAGUGCACCUUUCUUUUAGCUGGUGAAAUUAUGCGUGCUGAAUAUGCAACUGUUAUUAGUACAGCCAUACUGUAUUUAUUUCUGUAUACUCCUGUACAGUAUGAAUGGAAAUCCCGGGCAAACGCUGUAUACAUGUGUAUGUGACGACACUGCUUUCAGGAGCUGCAAGUGCCCAGGCACCUUUUGGGAGCAUGGCAGUCAGAACCAUGUACGUAAAUUGAAUGAUAACGUUAAAUCAUUGGAGGAGGAGGUGAUUUGGAGGAGGAAACGAAGAGGUAGCAGAAGAGUGAAUAAGCAUCCUUUUAAAAUAAAUCAGCUUUCCAGUGUAGUUAUUCCUUUGCACAAAUAACUGUGUGGAGGUUUGAGCCGAGUGCUUGCAGCAGCCGAGGUUUUUCAGCUGGGGGAUUUUGUAUUUAUGUGGGUAUUUUUGUUGUUGUGACGUGGGUUUCUUCGUGGAAGGGUCGGACCAUAGGAGCCAUAAGUGCCCUUUGUUAGUGGAGCUGUGAGCACAGCAGCAGGCUGGGUGUCAUCCCACGGUGCUCUGCCUGCCCGUGCCACAGCAGACGCUGCUGUUCUCAGCGCUCUCUAGCGUGGACUGCACCUUCAUGCUGGGUAGUUCUUCUGGGGGAAGCAGGGUUAUAUUUUCUAGGUAUAGAGGUCCUCUGAUCGUGGUGUUGAUUAAGACUGUCAGUGUUGCAAUGCGAGCUUACGGUGGUGUGUCUUUUUUAACCUGCAGAAAAUUUAGGCGUAGUAGUAAAAUUUUCCUAAAAGCUGAGCUUCCCUUGGCACCACAAGCACACCCAUGGCCAAAGCAGCAAACAGCCCUUUCCCUGGACGUGGUGCAGGGUGUGGGUGUGCCUGGUGGUGGCCAUCUGCAGGUGCCCAUCACCUCCCUCCUCCAGGGCUGUGCUUUUGUUCUGUUCUGCUUGGAGGUGACCACGAGAGCUGCAGCGGUGCAGGGGAGGUGUACAGACCUGGUCAGUGGAAGCGACCUCUUGGGAAAGCAGAAAGGGUGAGGGGGCAGUUCAAUUCAGGUUGUUUUCAUUUGGUGUUUCCUUGGGAGGAGGUGGCAUUAGUUGACCUUCUCGUAUCAUGCUGAAAGUAGUUCGGUUUUCUGUCACUCUCAUCUUAAAAAGCAAAAAGAAUGUAUUUUAUUUUUUUAAUCAUCUUUUGGAGACUAAGUGUUCUUUCUGGGUUGUCUGCUCCAGGUGGAGCACUGCCCAUCCAUUGUUCAUCAGCAGUUGCCCUUCGUUUUGGGUAUUGCACAUUGGUCUGUAGAGCAUUGAACACUGAAUUCAGGAAUCCUGGCUGGAGCCAUGCUUACUCCGUGCCAUGUAAUUCAGAUUAGCCAAUUUGAUAUUAGAGGAAUAUUCUUAAUUGUUUACACGUGUUGUUUCUCAAAGAAUUUAAAGCCAGAGCCCAGCUUUUUCUCCUCCUCUUGAAGGCAUUGCUCAUGGAAAAGCAUUUGGUGAGAAGUUAGAAACGGGCCGUGGCGUGCAGAGCCGUCACUCAGAACAUAGAGAAACAUUCUGUGAAUGAAAUAUUGUAUGUUCAGAUUUUAUAGGAUUUUUUUCUUUUUAGCCAGCCCGAUUUACAGCCGUAUAUUUUCUUAUGGAAGAUGUCUACUAACAGGUGCUGUAACACUUCUGUUGGGUUUCACUGUCUGGUGGUAAGCAUAUACAAUAUUUCUAAGGGCAACGAUGUACUGUGAUGUAAAAGGUUGGGCUAAAAUGUAUAUAAUCUGUGUACAUAAUUGUGUACUUGAUUAUAACUGCUGAUUGUAAAGAUUUAAUAAAAUGUAAAUAUUCUGGUCAAA